AUUGAAACAAAAUAUAUUUCGUAGACAUAGAAAUUCAUCAGAAAUCACAAAAACUAUUCAUUCUAACCUGUACGUUUUGUUGAUUUUCGCUUUAGUUUCGUAAGAAAAAAAUAAAAAUAACAGAAGUAUGAGGCACGCUAGCUUUAUCGCACGUACCGUUUUGAUAAAGGACAACAACAUUGAAGGUCCAUUCCGGCUUCUGAACAGAAUAUUGGGUCGGGAAGGAAUCUUGGAUCAGUUUCGAAGAACUAGGUACUACGAAAAACCAACUCAAGUAAGACGAAGAGUUAAUUAUGAAAGAUGUAAAUCACUUUACGAUGAAGACAUGAACAGAAAAAUUCAAUUUUUACUGAGAUCAAAUCGAGUCGAUCCUUACCCGGGAUGUCAUUAAUUGUUAUAAUCUGUAAUAAUUUGAAUUAUUUAUAUGCUAUAUGUAGAGUAAUAAAAUACAUUUAACACUAUCAGUAAUAA